AUGGCCUCCUUUGUUCCGCGCGCAGCAUUCCCUGCGCUCGACUCCCUCCCUCGAUCCUACUUCCUCGGCCAUCAUCGCGCUGGACUGAACAAAAUGAAGACUCUGCUCUCACAGAUCGACCUUGUGAUUGAGUGCCGUGAUUACCGGGUGCCUCUCACGUCUCGUAAUCCUCUGUUCGAAGAAGAGCUGGCUGGCAAGAAAAGACUGAUACUAUACACGAAGCAAGAUCUGGGAAGCGCAGGACGGCCAGAGGACCUACGUGCAGAACAAACCAUACAAGAUGUACAAAAGCCUACAGAUGUGAUGUUCUCGAACCACAAGGACAAAAGAUCGACUAGGAAUAUCUUGAAUUUUGCCCGUGAUCACGCCGUGACUAAAGACACUAUUGUGGGAUCCAGAGUAAUGGUUGUGGGAAUGCCCAACGUGGGAAAGUCCUCACUCCUGAAUGCACUACGAUCAGUGGGUGUCCAGAAGGGCAAAGUAGCAUCUACUGGAGCUCAGCCAGGUGUGACAAGAAAGAUUGGCACUACAGUCAAAAUCAUCGACGGUGGGCCAUCCGGCGAGGAUGUCUAUCUUCUCGACACGCCCGGGGUCUUCGUCCCGUAUGUUCCGAACGCCGAGUCUAUGCUGAAGCUGGCGUUGUGUGGUAGCGUGAAGGAUACCAUCAUUGCACCUACGACUAUGGCGGACUAUUUGCUGUUCCACAUGAAUAAGCAGGAUCCUCGAAUCUACCAAGAGUAUAUGUCACCUACCAACGAGGUUUGGGACCUCCUAGAAGCCGUGGCGAACAAGACAGGAAGGUUGCAAAAAGGUGGAAGUCCAGACGUUGAGGCAUCAGCAUUGUGGCUCAUCCAGCGAUGGAGAAGCGGACACCUUGGCCGGUUCCUCCUAGACGAUGUACACGGUGACCUCGAGAAUUUGAAAGAUGAACAUGAAAGAGCUAUAGGGACCAGUGCGAAUCAGGCUUGGAAGCAAGAGAAGAACAUCAGACGACAGAGGUCGAGAAACAUCUCAGUUGACCGUGAAUGA